AUGUCUGAAAUCUUCGAUAUCAACCCACGAAUGCUAAGUCCUGCUUACCGUACUUCCUUUAGGCGGAUAUUGUUCGAUAAAGAUCAAUGGGGUGCUAAUAUGAUAGAAGAUAUCAACUCGCUCGACACAAGUGAGUACGUCGAUGAAAUCGGUACAUUCACCAAUUUGGUGGUUUCGUUCAUUCUGGUGGAUAUGCUCCAGUUAGCAAGAACGCUAUUAUCUCCCGAAACCAGCUAUACUCUCAAAUUGCUCAUGUUGCUUACAGACAUCCCUGGUAUACCCGCGGAGGAUGAGCCUGUAAGUGGACAAAUGUUGACUCUAUGGGAAGAUCUUGCCAACGUAUUCAUAGAUGAUUCGGAGACGUUUGAGUCAAUGUUCAAUCUGGAAACGAAUCCUGUCUCAAAGGCUCAUUUUGAAUCAACCAGAAACGAUAUGUUUACAUCCGUUUGUUUGAUUUACUGGGAAGAAAAUCAGGUUACCUUCGAGCGAGGUACUAGCUAA